AUGAUUGCCAGCACCUGGGACGAGGAGUAUGACACCAUCAGUGUUGGAUCUGGCAUCGGCGGCCUUUCCACUGCUAUCACUGCCGCCGAACGCGGGGCUAAAGCACUGGUGAUUGAGAAGUUCGAACUGCUGGGGGGCGUGUCCGCGCUGUCGUCCGGCCAGCUCUGGCCAGGCCCCAAUCACCUGGCCAAGGCGGCAGGCAUCGAGGACAGUGUCGACAAGGCCAAAGACUACAUCGACCACUUGGGCCAGGGUCAUGCCAGUCCUGAGAUCCGCGACCAGUACUUCGCGCGGGCGCAAGAAUGCAUCAAGUACUACGACGAGACCAUCGGGAUCCCGUUGACGGUGAUCAAAGGCCUGCCCGACUACUACUACCCCGAGGUGCCGGGGUCGGCCCCCGAGGGCCGCUAUCUCGAAGUGCAGCCCUUCCCGGCGGCCAAGCUGGGCGAGUAUCAAAAGAAGGUGCUCGUGUCUCCCUACGGCGCGUACUACAGUUACACCACGUCGACCGAGUGGGUGGAGAUGCAGGCGGGCGGUCCCAGCCUGGGGGCGUGUAUCCAAGGCCACCUGGCCAAGGACGAACGCUGCGCGGGCGCCGGCAUGGCGGCGGCACAGGUGUAUGAGGCGCUGAAGCGCGGCGUGGACUUUCGUACCUCGACGGAGGUGGUCGAGCUCGUCACAGAGGAUUCGCGCGUCGUCGGCGUGGUGGCGCGGGAUUCCCAGGGGACGCGGCGCAUUCGAGCCCGUCUGGGCGUGAUCCUGGCCACGGGUGGCUACGACUGGAAUCGCCGGUUCGUCGGCAGCUUCGACGCGCUGCCCGUGGCCGGGUCGAUGGCGCUGCCCACGGUGACGGGCGACCACAUUGUGCUGUCGUCCAAGCUGGGCGUCAUCCCCUUGCCGUCGCGCGCGCCCGGCCAGUCCCCGAUCUUCGUGGGCUACAAGGUGCCGACCGAGAAGAUCUAUGGCAUCGGGCCGGCCUAUCGCCUGCUGGUGCCUGGCCAGCCGCAUUCCAUCAUCGUCAACGCCACUGGCAGCCGCUUCUCCAACGACUCGUUCUACCCGGACGUCGUGGCCAAGGUGUCGCGCUUCGACGGCCAAGAGGACGGCAUGGUGAACUGGCCGGCCUGGAUCGUGUUCGAUCAACGCAUGCUUAACCGCAAAGGCAUGCUCCCUGCCCCGCCGGGCCAGCCUCUACCGGAAGGCAUGGCGAUCAAGGCCGACUCGCUCGCCGCGCUGGCGGAGCAGGCCGGCAUCGACCCCAAGGGCCUCGCCGCCACCAUCGAGCGCUACAACGCUAUGUGCGACGAAGGCGUUGACCACGACUUCAAACGCGGCACUAACCCAUGGGGUGCCCUUAUGGCCGGGGACCCCAAGUUGAAGAACCCCAAUAUGGCCCCGGUCUCCGAGGGCCCCUUCUACGCCGUCAAACUCGAGCGCGUCACCAUGGGAGUGCCGACCGCCGGCCUGCCCAUCGACGGUGACGGACGCGUCGAAACCGCCGGCGGCUCUGUCGUGCCUGGACUCUACGCUGCCGGCAAUUCGGCUGCAUGGGCAGACUGGGGAGGUGGUUUCAACAGUGGUAUUGCGGGUAUGCGAGGCUUGCUGUAUGGCUACCGUGCCGCACUACAUAUGACUGCCAAAUAG